AUGGAUACCGUCCUUCUUGCAACCAAUUUCACUUGGCCUCGACCGAUGCGCUCUUCCGUGCAAAAUAAGACGCAGAGUUAUUGUACAAUUGCCAUUUGGUUUGGUCUUAAGUGGAUAGAUUGGACGAGUUUAGAGGAGGCCGCCGCGAUGAAAAUAGCGCGAGCUGCCGGAAUGCCUGUUUCAAGAGAUUUGUCUUAUGGGGAGCACCCUUACGCGCCCUUUAAUCGCGUUUUCUCGAUAUUGAUAACGAGAUUGCCUAGAACACUUGAGAACUUAGCUGACCUUCGAUAUGUUGAACUAGAGAACCGUGACUUUUUAAGCUGA